UCACACGUCCCCAGUUCCGCCGCGCAGCCUCUGCGGCACCAUAACCCCACGAUGCCGCCAUCCCAGCUGAAGCGCCUCAAGGCCUCCCUCCGCGAGCAAGGCCUCACCGGCCCCCAGAAAUCAAAGAAGCAGAAGAAAGCCCAGAACAAAAACGUCGAUGCCCGCGCGCAAAAGGCCUCGGCCCUCGCCUCCAUCCGCGAGUCGUUCAACCCCUUCGAGUUCAAGCACCUCUCGCGGCCCAAGAAGUUCUCCUACGCGACUGCCCAGCCUGAGAAUGCGCAGAAGAAGAUCCUCGGCCGCCCGGGCGUGACAAAGAGCCAGGGCGAGGAGGCGCGGCGCAAGAGCUUGUUGCCCGAGAUGAAUAGGAAGAACAAGGUGGGCGGUAUCCUGGAUCGCCGGAUUGGCGAGAACGAUCCGACGAUGAGUUUGGAUGACCGCAUGAUGGCGAGGUUUGAGAGGGAGCAGCAGAGGAAGAGGGGUGGGAAUAUGUUUGAUCUCGAGGAUGGGGAUGAGGAGAUUGAGCUUACGCACGGGGGUGAGUCGUUGCGGUUUGACGAUGAGAUUGGGGACGAGGAUUAUGAUGCUGCGAGUGUCAGUGGGUCGAGUGUUGGGGAUGCGGAUGAGGAUGGGCUGAAGAGGAAGAGAGGGAGGGAGGAUGUUGAUGGUGAAGAGGGCGAGGGUGUGCCUGAAGAGCAGCCGGAGAGGAAGAAGAGCAAGGCUGAGGUCAUGAAGGAGGUCAUGGCCAAGUCCAAGUUGCACAAGUACGAGCGUCAGGCGCAGAAAGAAGAUGAUGACGAUCUGCGGGAUGAGCUCGACAAGGACCUGAACAACGUCUUGGAAGCUCUGCGGGGACACAUCAACAAGAAACCUGAGCCCGAGCAGCCGAAAGAAACUCCCAAGAACGACUUCGGUAUCAAUGCCGAUCGUGCAGCACUGCUCGCUGGGACAUCACAAGCACAAAAGGACAGGGAGUACGAUAUCAGAGUGCGCCAACUGCUGCAGGAUGAACGAGCGAAACCAACCGAGCGAACGAAGACAGAAGAAGAGAAAGCCAAGGAGGAUGCCAACCGUCUGAAAGAACUCGAGGAAAAGCGCAUGAAGAGGAUGCGAGGAGAGCCUAUCAGUGACGACGAAGAACCCCAGAAGAAGAAGAAGGGCGCAGAAGAGGAAGAGGAGGAGGAUGAUGAUGACGAUGACAUGGAGAGUGAAAACGACGAUGCUGCCGAGUUCGGCCUUGCUGCUGCGCCAGGCCAAUUUAGCAGACCCGUGGGCGUCGACGACGAGGACGACUUUGUACUUGACGACGAUCUCAUCGCUACCGACUCGGAAGCUGAUAUUUCUGGAGACGAGUCUGACGAUGCUUCGGAGGUCGACGAUACUAUGGCUAUGGAUGACGAAGACGCCGACUUUUUGAAGGAUGUGCUGCCAGAGCCGAAGGUACAACCAAAGGCCAAGAAUGGUGUGCUCACUAUCGGAUCAGAAUCUACUUCCUCGAAGCUGGCGUACACAUAUGCAUGCCCUCGAUCACAUGAGGAACUUCUAACUGUCUUCAAGGAUGUUACUUCCAAAGACAUAUCUACCGUCAUCCAGAGAAUACGAGCGCUCUACCACUCCGGUCUACAUGCAGAUAACAAGCAUAAGCUUGCUGACUUUGCAUGCGCGCUCGUUGACCACGCAUCCUAUCUGUCGAACCAGACGCCAGCCGCCCCAUUAUCCGUCAUUGAGUCGAUCAUCCGUCAUGUCCACUCCAUGUCGCGUUCGUAUCCAGCACAGAUAGCUACACACUUCCGGGAGCAUCUCAAGAAACUCCAAAUUUCGAACGAACCUACACCAGGUGACCUGACAUUACUCACAGCAAUUGGAUACAUCUACCCUACCUCCGACCACUUCCACCAAGUUGUCACUCCCGCCAUCACUCUAAUGGCACGCUGGAUGGGUCUCACCACACCCAACUCUGCAAAGGACAUCGCCACAGGUGCUUUCGUCGGCGCCGUGUGUCUCCAGUACCAAAAGCUCUCCAAACGCUACAUCCCAGAGUUCAUCCGCUACACAGCGCUCUGCCUCAAGUCCCCCCACGCCACCCCAGCCCUCCUCAAGCCCCACACCAAGAACAUCCUCACCGCCUCAGACCUCUGGAGCGCCUCCCCAGCCUUCAUAGAAAUCUUCACCCCGCUCCUCUCCCCCCUAAAAUCCGCCGCUCAAACCGCAACAUCGCAAAACCUGCGCGCGCGCCUCAACAGCGCAAAACUCCGCCGCCGCCCGCAAACCCUGCACUUCCACCGCCCGCUCCCCAUCAAAUCCAGCGUGCCCAAGUUCGAGGAGAGCUUCGACCCGAACAAGCACUACGACCCGGAUAAGGAGCGCUCCGAGGCCACGCGUCUGCAGAAGGAGUACAAGCGCGAGAAGAAGGGCGCGUUGCGCGAGCUGCGCAAGGAUGCGAAUUUCAUCGCUAGAGAGAGCUUGCGCGAGAAGAAGGACAAGGAUCGCAAGUAUGAGGAGAAGUAUAAGAGGCUUGUUGCUGAGAUUCAGGGCGAGGAGGGCAGGGAGAAGAAUGUUUAUGAGCGGGAGAAGAGGAAGAGGCAGAAGAAUUAGAUGGAGGUGGAGGUGGAGAUAUGGUGGGAGAUGGAGUAAGGCUCUGGAGUCUUAUGGUCGAGGGUUGGCACAUGAAUUGGAAUUUUUUGUUCGACAUUUUCAC